UUGGGAGAUCAGGACAAGCCUGAGCCUGUAAUAAUCACAGCAGACCCUCCCCUCAGCUGUUUGCCAAGUGUCACAGAUCUUUCCUACAAGCCAUGCCGGAUUCUCCUCCUCCCCCCAUUUACAAAUCUACAGAGCAAAGCCACUGCCAGGUCUGCAACCCUCAUGACUACAGUCAAAGCUCUGCAGUACUGAGGAUUGCAAUGACCGAUAGCAGGUUAUAUUCAGUGCGGAGCAAUCUCUAUCACAUCGGCUGUUGAAGUCCAACGUUGCAACUUUGUGGAUGAGAUUAGCGCAGAAGCGUCUGGAUUCAUGGGAAACCCCCUUUCUUCUGUCCGGUAAUGGCUGUCGUGCCUGGAACACCACCAGGAGCCGAGGACUUCCUAGCUGUUUCCCCAGGGAAGAGUUUUCUUCUUGAUGAAUCUGACCCAAGCGAUGUGGAUGAAGGCCUGCUCGAUGACUUGGAGCUAAACCCCUUUGACGGUUUGCCGUACUCGUCGCGGUUUUACGAGCUCUUGAAACAGAGGGAAAAGCUUCCCAUUUGGAAAACCAAAUAUGUCUUCCUGGAGAGUUUGGUGCGGAACCAAAUUGUGGUGGUGUCUGGAGGAGCCAAGUGCGGAAAAAGUUCACAAAUCCCCCAGUGGUGUGCAGAAUACUGCCUAUCUGUACACAAUCAACAUGGGACUGUCAUAUGUACCCAGGUUCAAAAACAGACCGCUGUGUGGCUCGCGAUGAGGGUGGCAGAUGAAAUGGAUGUCAACAUUGGACAUGAAGUUGGCUACAUGGUGCCUUUUGAGAAUUGUUGUUCUAACGAGACUAUCUUGAGGUAUUGCACAGAUGACAUGUUACUAAGGGAGAUGAUGUCCAACCCUCUCCUAUCCUGUUAUGGAGUCCUAGUUAUUGAUGAUAUUUACGAGCGAUCAGUAUCAUCGGACGUUCUCCUCGCAUUCCUUAAAAACAUACUCUUGGCAAGGCCUGGACUGAAAAUUGUGCUCAUCACCCCUCCUGAGCUGUCUGACAAGCUAGUGACUUACUAUGGUGGUGUCCCCCUCAUUGAGGUGGAGUGCUCACAUUCUAUGGAGGUAGUCUACGCCCCUGGCAUUCAGAGGGACCCUUUCCUCGCAGCCAUCCGGCUUCUGUUCGAGAUACAUCACUCUCAGGAGAAAGGAGACAUUGUUGUCUUCCUGGCUUGCGAACAAGAAAUACGAAAAGCCUUUGAAAUGAUCCAUCAGGAAAGCUUACACAUGAAUCCAGCACUGGGUGAACUGCAUCCCAUUCCAAUCUAUCCUCAUCACAGUCUGCCUUAUUACAUGCCGUACGAUGGGCUGGCCCAUAGCGGUACUGACCGUGGGAGGAACGUGGUGUUAACAAGCAGCCGUGGCGAGUCUCUGGUCUGGAUAAGCAACGUGCACUUUGUCAUUGACAUUGGACUGGAGAGGAGGAAGGUUUACAACACCAGGAUUCGUGCCGAGUCUGUCAUCACUCAGCCGAUCAGCAAGGUUCAAGCGGAGAUGAGGAAGCAGAUUCUGGUUUCUGGUCCUGCAGGGAAAAUGUUCUGCCUCUACCCCGAGGAGGUCACCCAAACCGAAAUGAAAACCCUCCUGACUCCGAAGGUCCAGGAGUCUAACUUGACAUCCAUGGUUCUGUUUCUGAAGAGGAUGGACAUUGCCGGUCUGGGCCACUGUGAAUUUAUUAACGGGCCAGACCCUGAAAGUUUAAUGCAGGCAUUGGAAGAUCUGGAUUACCUGGCAGCCCUCGACAAUGAUGGAAAUCUCUCUGAAUUUGGAAUAAUUAUGUCUGAAUUUCCACUGGAUCCACAGCUGUCAAAAUCUAUUUUAGCAGCCUGCGAGUUUGACUGCGUGGAUGAAAUGCUCACGCUGGCUGCCAUGGUUACAGCACCCAGCUGUUUCCUGGAUUCACCCAUCAAUGAUGAUGCAGCCAAGCUAAGCAGUAGAAUGAAAUUCCUACACCCUGCUGGGGAUCACUUCACUCUGAUCAACAUCCACAGAGAAUAUAACCAGAUGAGGAGGAGCAAUUUCAGACCAUGCAUCAUUGAGAGGUGGUGUCAGGAUCACCUGUUGAACUAUUCUGCACUAGAGAUGGCAUGUGUCAUACGAGAGGAACUGUUGGACAUAAUGAAGAGAUUGGAACUACCAGUUUCAGAACCGGCUGUCGGCACGGAUGAGAAUAUCUUGAACAUAAAAAAAUCUCUUCUCUCUGGAUAUUUUAUGCAGAUCGCCAGGGAUGUUGAUGGUUUGGGGAAUUACAUCAUGCUGAUACACAAACAAGUAGGCCAACUACAUCCCAAUUCGGGGUAUUGCCUCAAUCACAUUUUCCCAGAAUGGGUCCUCUUCCAUGAAUUCAGUGUGGCAGAUAGGAGCUGUAUCAGGAUUGCCACAGAAAUUUCCCCAGAACUGUUCAUGCAGAUGGUGCCCCAAUAUUACUUUAGCAAUCUGCCCCCCAGUGAAAGCAAAGAGAUUCUGGAAAAGGUUCUGGUGUGUAGGACUAAUAUUGCUACACUGGAAGGCCCGCCUGAAAAUCAGGGAAAAGCCACGGAAGAAGAAGAAACCUCUAGUGCAUCGGAGCAGAGAUGUCUCAUACAAUAAACUCGCCUGGUACAAAAAAAAAAAGCAAUAGAAGUGCAAUAUGUGUUCCAAACACAAACUAGUUUUAAUGAACUGUGAACUUGACAACAGACAGAUGUUACACAUUCAGGAUUUCAUAGACUUUUGUAUAUUUUUCUUGCAGAAUUUUGUCUUGAUAUAAAAAAUAAAAAUCCUGUUUAUAGCA